GAAAUGAUUCCUUACUCGGUAUGACAUCAUCCACUCAUCAUUGUUUGUGGUGCUGUCAGUUCCAUCACCGACCUAGUACUGUAACGUUAACUACUGUAACUCCAUACAAAUUGGAUUUCAUUUAAAGCAUUAUAUCAACAUGGCAGAUAAACAGGAUAAGAGUGAGCUGAAGGCGGAGCUGGAGAGGAAGAAACAACGCCUGGCCCAAAUCAGAGAGGAAAAGAAGAGAAAGGAGGAGGAGAAGAACAAGAAGAAGGAUGGGUCUGACUCUAAGCGGGGAGGGGAGGGGGGUGCAGCUGGGGCACCAGACUCGUCUGACCUGGAGAAGAAGAGGAGAGAGGCUGAAGCUCUAUUGCAGAGCAUGGGGAUCGCCCCUGAUAUAACCAAUGCCCAGCCUCUGAGAGUAAUAACAGAGGAUACGUGUUUGUUUCACUAUCUAGUCCCCGCCCCUAUGUCUCCCUCAGCCAAAUCAAUGUGCAGCGAGACAGGAAGCCAGGACUCUGGAGAUGGAAACUCUAGGACGUUACACUGGGAUCCUGACCCCUCUACUCUGCAGCUGCACUCUGACUCCCAACUACUGGGGCGUGGUUUGAGGCUUGGCAUGGCAAAGGUGACCCAGGUGGAUUUCCCACCCAAACAGUCUGUGUCCUACUCCAAGGAGACACAGACCCCCACCUGUACACAAACACACACACAGGCCAAACCAGCAGAGGAGGAGGAAGAGGAGGAGGAGAUGUCCGAGCCCAAGCCAGCAGAGGAGUCCCAGGAGGAGAAAGCUGAUCAGGAGGAGAAGCAGGAAGAAGUCCCUCCCAAAGAUCUGAGUGAAGAGGAGAAGAUGCAGCUUCUCCACUCUGAGGAAUUCAUGACGUUCUUUGAUCGAGGGAGCAGGAUUGUGGAGCGGGCUCUGUCUGAACGAGUGGACGUCUGCUUUGACUACAGCGGCCGAGACCUGGAAGACAAGGAGGGUGAGAUGCAGGCGGGGACUAAGAUGUCUCUGAACAGGGUGUUCUCUGACGAACAUUGGUCCAAGAACAGAGUGGUCACCUGUCUGGACUGGUCUCCUCAGUACCCUGAGCUGCUGGUGGCCUCCUACAACAACAACGAGGAGGCUCCUCAUGAGCCUGACGGAGUGGCUUUGGUCUGGAACAUGAAGUAUAAGAAGACAACACCCGAAUACACCUUCCACUGCCAGUCUGCAGUGAUGUCAGCAGCGUUCGCCAGGUUCCAUCCUAACCUGGUCGUGGGCGGGACUUACUCAGGCCAGAUCGUCCUAUGGGACAACAGGAGCAACAAGAGAACACCUGUACAGAGAACUCCUCUUUCUGCAUCCGCUCACACGCACCCAGUGUACUGUGUGAACGUAGUGGGGACCCAGAAUGCUCACAACCUCAUCAGCAUCUCGACUGACGGAAAGAUGUGCUCCUGGAGCCUGGACAUGCUGUCUCAACCACAGGACAGUCUGGAGCUGGUGUUUAAGCAGUCAAAGGCAGUAGCAGUGACAUCCAUGGCUUUUCCUCUGGGUGACGUCAACAACUUUGUGGUCGGGAGUGAAGAUGGAUCAGUCUACACUGCCUGCCGCCACGGGAGUAAAGCAGGUAUCAGUGAUGUGUUUGAGGGACAUCAUGGUCCGGUCACUGGGUUGAGCUGUCACAGUGCUGGGGGUCCCGUGGAUUUCUCCCAUCUGUUCAUCUCUGCCUCCUUCGACUGGACCGUCAAGCUGUGGACCACCAAGAGUACCCGUCCUCUGUAUUCAUUUGAGGACAGCUGUGACUAUGUGUAUGAUGUCAUGUGGUCUCCCACACACCCCGCCCUCUUCGCCUGUGUGGACGGAUCUGCACGCCUGGACCUGUGGAACCUCAACAACGACACAGAGGUGCCCAGUGCCAGUGUGUGUGUGAAUGGGUCUCCUGCUCUGAAUCGUGUGCGCUGGGCUCACUCAGGGAGAGAGAUCGCUACAGGAGACUCAGACGGACAGGUGCUGGUCUAUGACGUAGGGGAGCAAAUCUGUGUGCCCAAGGCAGAUGAGUGGACCCGUUUGGUGCACACGCUGGUGGAGAUCAACGAGAACCGUGACGAAGGAGAGGAGCUGGCCGCGCAGCGCCUAGUCGCCUGAUCACCAUGGUAACCACUUGCUUCCAAAUCCUCCCUCCAGUUGGAACAGGUGUGAUGUUUAUCCUCUCAGGUUCUAGAACAUUUGAGUGUUCUGUCCACAGCUCUUCCCUAAAUAUGCAAAACUUUGUACCUUUUUACCACUUUGCAUCUCCUGUAUUUGUAUGUAUUGGAGGCGUAUGUGUAUUCCCUAAAGGCUGACCAUGUGGAUUUAAUGGUGAACAACAGAAAUAGGAUGACCCAUGCCCAUUCCAACCUUUGUAGACAAGGGCAGCAAUGUCCUUAGAUUUUAGCUUCAAUUUUAUUUAUCCAUGCUCUUAUUUAUCAUAUGCGGUUGCACAUAUUUAAACAUGUCUGCGGAUAGCUUUACCAGUAUAUCCCUUUACAUUAGCACUACACCUAAGCUCAUACCACUACAAGACAAAAAGUGCUUUUUAAAUUAACUUUACUUGCCUUGACUGAAUAUGUUUGUUAGUGGUUUUUGAAUAAACCAAAGUUAAUUACUUUAUCCGUUUAAAAAUGUACUGUACCCGUAGGUCUCUUAAUAGAAAGCCAGUGUGUCUCUCCUUCCUGAAAGGAUGUUAAUGAAGUAUUUCCUCAUGAGAUGUGGACCUAAGUGGAGCCAUAGAUGCAUACAGAGUUUGGCCAACUAUCCACCAUGUUGGCACCAAAUGCACCACAUUCUAAUUAGCAUUUCAACUAGACUUUUGUUGGAACAUUGUACAUUACACAAUUCUCUGUUGGAAGGAGUUUGCCAAACUCUGUAUAGAUGAAGGAUUCAGACCCCUUGACUUUUUCCACAUUGUUACGUUACAGCCUUAUGCUAAAAUGGAUGAAAUAGCCCCCCCCAUACACAAUAUCCCAUAAUGACAAAGUAAAAACAGGUUUUUAGAAAUGUUAGCAAAUUGUAUAAAAAAUGCAUAACUGAAAUAUCACAUUUACAUAAGUAUUCAGACCCUUUAUUCAGUACUUUGUUGAAGCCCCUUUGGCAGUGAUUACAGCCUCAAGUCUUCUUGGGUAUGACGCUAUAAGCUUGGCACACCUGUAUUUGGGGAGUUUCUCCCAUUCUUCUCUGCAGAUCCUCUCAAGGUCUGUCAGGUUGGACGGGGAGUGUCGCUGCACAGCUAUUUUCAGGUCUCCAGAGGAUAUUCGACUGGGUUCAAGUCUGGGUCUGUCUGGGCCACUCAAGGACAUUGAGACUUAUCCCGAAGCCACUCCUGCGUUGUCUUGUCUGUGUGCUUAGGGUUGUUGUCCUGUUGGAAGGUGAACCUUCACCCCAGUCUGAGGUCCUGAGCGCUCUGGAGCAGGUUUUCAUCAAGGAUCUUUCAGUUCUUCGCUCCAUUCACCUUUCACUCGAUCCUGACUAAUCUCCCAGUCGCUACCGCUUAAACAUCCCCACAACAUAAUGCUGUCACCACAGGGAUGGUGCCAGGUUUCCUCCAGACAUGAGGCUUGGCAUUCAGGCCAGAGUGCAAUCUUGGCUUCAUCAGACCAGAGAAUCUUGUUUCUCAUGGUCUGCGUCCUUUAGGUGCCUUUUGGCAAACUCCAAGCGGGCUCUUGUGCGCCUUUUCCUGAAA